CGGCUAUUCUCCUACACUCACUUUACCAUCGCCCCCUACACGUGUCAACCAUCAGGUGGGUCAUGCCCUUUGACUUGACGACAUCAGUCAAAUAGCUAUAGCCCCUAUCUUAACUCCAAAACCAAAACCAUUUCAUUUCUUUAUUAAAUUCUUUCACACCCUUUUCCUUUUUUCCUUUUUUCUAUUCCUACAUUCGUUAAUUUUCCCCUCUGUAGUACUCUCUCUCUCUCCAACUCCCACUACUAUUUAUUUGACCUUUUACAUUCUCACCUUUUCUUUCUUUUUUUCCCCUCCGUUUCAUCAUAAGAGCUUGGUGUAUGUUUUUUCAUCUCUCUCUCUCUCUCUCCAUCGCCCUAUUUUAUUUUUACUUUACCUUUAUUUGUCUCUCUCUCUCUCUCAAAACAAAAAUCCUUAUUUGCUUCUUUUUCCUCUUCUUCUUCUUCCUCCUUUCCCUCAUAUAUAUACAUAUAUAUAAUAUAGUCUCCUUUUCCCCUCUGCAAAUAAGUACUGUAUACUUCUAUGGCGAUAUUACCUACCACCCCUUCGAACCUGGAGUUGACAAUAGGCUUCUCUUCUUCUCCUUCUCUCUCUUCUUCUGUGAUGAGAGAUUUGGACAUAAACCAAGUACCAUCAGUUGGAAGAGAUCAUCAUCAUCAUCUUCAUCAUCAUCUUGAUUAUGAUCAUAAUAAUAUUAAUCAAGAAGAAUGGAUGGAAGAGGAAGAUGAAAUAAUGAUGAGUAGUGGUAAUACUACUCAUUCAGGCCCUCCUAGGAAAAAACUUCGUCUCUCAAAGGAACAGUCUCGUCUUCUUGAAGAAAGCUUCAGACAACACCAUACCUUAAACCCUAAACAGAAAGAGGCUUUGGCGUUGCAGUUGAAGCUAAGGCCACGUCAAGUUGAGGUUUGGUUUCAGAACCGUAGGGCCAGGAGCAAGCUGAAACAGACAGAGAUGGAGUGUGAGUACUUGAAAAGGUGGUUUGGAUCACUGACUGAACAAAACAGAAGACUACAAAGAGAAGUGGAGGAGCUUAGGUCGAUGAAAGUGGCUCCUCCAAAAGUCAUAUCACCCCACAGCUGCGAGCCUCUUCCGGCAUCCACACUCACCAUGUGUCCACGUUGCGAACGUGUCACCACCACCACUUCCACCGCCAUUAACGGUGACUACCCCACCUCCACCGUUGCAUUGUCCUCUAAACUCACCAACAGCCACCUCUGAUCGUCCCCCCAUAUCUGCAUCCACAUGCAUUGUCUAAUAUUGACCCCCACUUUGUGGAAAAAAAGAAAGAAAAAAGAAAAGUUUGAUUUAAAAAUAAUUAAUUAAAAUUUAAUUAUGUAUAUUAGAGAAUGUUAUAUAUAAUUAAAUAGCUAGCUAUUAAAAAGGAAAGAGGAAGAAGAAAGUUUAUUAUGCAACAACGUGUUGUGAGGGGACACUACUACACUAUACGUUGCCUUAAGAAAUCUCCGCAUAGAUAUUAUAAUGAUGUUUUGGUUGUUCUUUGGCAAUUUGUUUGCCUUGGAAACCAUGGCCAAAAAAGAAAAGAAAAAGGAAAGGUGGAUAAUUUUGACGAUAUGUGACAACUUACAACAACGCACUACACCCAAUUUAUAUUACUAUUUCAACAAGUUGUGUAUAAAUUUCAAUCAUUAAUUAUUAGGGUGAAAAAGUUAAGUGGAAAUUUAGUAUUUAAGGGUAAUACUACUGUGUGUGAGUGGUUUUGGCCGUUAAUUGAUUAACUAAUUAGAGUAUCUCCAAUGGAA